AUGAAAAUUCAGAAAAAUAAUAAGGAAUUAGGGUUUUCUGAAAGGAAAUUAAUCGGCAAGGAGAGAACCAAAAAUGAACAGGCAAAUGGUGACGAAUGGACAAUCAAAUCGGAACAAGGAGAUAAAAUUAUUAUUAUUUUCAAGAAUGGGACCUUUCAAACUUGGACCCUAGGCGGUCGCACUCCAUGCCUGGGCUCAGGGCUGGCCAUGGCUAUAUGCAUGUUUAUUAUCACUCACCGUCUUUCCUUUAAUCUACUACAAAGUGGGGAUAAACUUCCUCGUGUCAAUCAAGAUACACGUUUAAACUUAAGAGUUCUUGAUAUUCGAACCCCUGCUAAUCAAGGGAUUUUCUGCAUCCAGUGCCAAGUUGGAACCAUAUUUAGGCAAUUCUUGUUGUUUGAGGGUUUUAUUGAAAUCCACACGCCUAAACUGAUAGCAGGCUCUAGUGAAGGUGGUUAUGCUGUUUUUAAGCUUGACUACAAAGGGCAACCUGCAUGUCUGGCACAGUCACCUCAACUUCACAAGCAGAUGGCAAUCUGUGGGGAUUUUGGGUGGGUUUUUUAGAUUGGCCUUGUUUUCAGAGCUGAGGACUCAUACACUCAUAGGCAUUUGUUUGAAUUUACAGGUCUUGAUGUUGAAAUGGAGAUUAAGAAGCAUUACUCUGAGGAAUGAUUGGUAGUUGGCUUGAGUCAUGUCU